AGGCCCGUCCUCGGCGGGCGGAGGGAGGGAGGCCUACAACUCCCAGGACGCCCUCCUCCCCAGACGGGUCUCCACGGGACGCCUCACGGGCCUGAAGGUCUGCUCCAGUGGUUUCCCUCCGUCUGUCUCUCCCGUUGUGUUUCUUUUUUUUUUAAUUUUUAUUUAUUUAUACUUGAAACUUAUACAUUCUUAAACAAAUUUGCAAUACAGAGUUAUAUAUAUCAAGCUCAUAUAGUAUUUUCACUCUCUAUAUUACAUACUCAUAUUAUUUACCUUUUAUUACCCCUCACCUAGUGCUAUCCCUUCACCCCAGACCAGCCAGUUACAAUAUUUAUUUCCAAAAUUCCAUUGUUUCUUUUACAGGUUUUUUCCCCUUACCUUCUACAUAUACAAACUCUAUAAAUUUUCCCCAUAUCUUCCCAAAAUCAUCCUUUUUUAAUAUCCCUCUUUUAAUUUUAAUCUUACAUGUCAAUGUAUCAUUUAACGCAAUAUCCCAAACCUCCUUAUACCAUUCUUCCAAUUGGCACUCCUCACUACCUUUCCAUUUUUUGGCUAUUAACAAUCUUGCUGCUGUUAGCAAGUUGGCGAUUAGUUCCUUUAACUCUUUUGAUACUUGAAUAUUAUCCAUAAAUGACAACAGUGCUAUUUCAGGCGUUCCUAUUAUUUCUGUUUUGGUGAUUCCCUUUAUUUCUUUAAAAACGUUCUCCCAAAAUUUUUGAACAUAUUUACAGGACCACCACAUAUGUAUAUAUGUACCAUUUUCCUGGCAUCCCCUCCAGCACUGCUUAGAAUAUUUCUUAUCAAUUUGAUUUAAUCUAAUUGGUGUGAGGUACCAUCUCCAAACCACUUUAUAAUAAUUCUCUUUUAUUCUUAUAGACAUGUUUUUUAAUAUACGCAUAUUCCACAUUUCUUUCCAAAUUUGAGGGUGUAUUUCCUUAUUGCAAUCUAACUCCCACAUUUCUUUAAGGUGAUCCUGCUCCUGCUCCAACUCCCAGGAUGCCCUCCUCCCCAGACGGGUCUCCACGGGACGCCUCACGGGCUUGAAGGACGUGAGAGUUCUCUGGAGCCACCCCUGCCGUGAUGGGAAACGAACCAGCUUCUAGUCGAUAUUAAGGCAUUUGGAAACCAAAGUGCAGUAAGGAAACCAGUCCUCUAGGAAAAAGGAUUCCUCUCAAGGGGCUGAUCCUGCAGAAUUCCUACAUUCACUUUGGAUUAUAGAGUAGAACCAUAGAGUCGGAAGAGACUGCAUGAGGCACCCAGUCCAGGCCUCUGCCGUGCAGGAAAAGCGCAAAGUACACCUGACAGAUGAGCAUCUAGCCUCUGUUUAAAGGAUUCCAAAGGAGCCUCCACUACUUUUUGAGGCAGAGAGUUCCACUGCUGAACAGCUCUUACAGUCAGGAAGUUCUUCUUAAUGUUCAGAUGGAAUCUACUUUCCUGUAAUUUGAACCCACUACUGUGAGUAAUCAGAAAGGGGAAAACAAGAAUCAAGUAUCAAUAUUAGAAUUAAAUGUACAUAACACUGCUGACAUGGAGAAGAAAGCAUAUAAAUGUAUUGAAUGUGGAAAGAGCUUUAGUUAUAGUUCAACUCUACAAACACAUCAAAGGACUCACACUGGGGAGAAACCCUUUACAUGCCUGGAGUGUGGACAGAGCUUUACUCAGAAGGGAAGCUUACAAACACAUCAAAGGACUCACACUGGGGAGAAACCCUAUAAGUGCUGUGAGUGUGGACAGAGCUUCAUUCAUAGUUCAAGUCUCCGUGUACAUCAAAGGACUCACACUGGGGAGAAACCCUAUAAAUGCCUGGAGUGUGGACAGAGCUUCACUCAUAGUUCAUAUCUACGUAAACAUCACAGGAUUCACAUUGGGGAGAAACCCUAUAAAUGCCUUGAGUGUGGACAGAGUUUUACUCUGAAGGGAAGCUUACAAACACAUCAAAGAACUCACACUGGUGAGAAACCCUAUAAAUGCCUGGAGUGUGAACAGAGCUUCACUCAUAGUUCAGGCCUACGUUCACAUCAAAGGACUCACACUGGGGAGAAACCCUAUAUAUGCCUGGAGUGUGAACAGAGCUUCACUCAGAGUUCAGGUCUACAUAGACAUCACAGGACUCACACUAGGGAGAAACCCUAUAAAUGCCUAGAGUGUGAACAGAGCUUCACUUGUAGUUCAGGUCUACGUAGACAUCAAAGGACUCACACUGGGGAGAAACCCUUUAAAUGCCUGGAGUGUGAACAGAGCUUCACUCAGAGUUCAGGUCUACAUUCACAUCAAAGGACUCACACUGGGGAGAAACCCUUUAAAUGCCUGGAGUGUGGACAGAGCUUUGCUCAUAAUGGAAGUCUGCAUUCACAUCAAAGGACUCACACUGGGGAGAAACCCUAUAAAUGCGUGGAGUGUGGACAGAGCUUCACUCAGAAUUUAGGCCUACGUACACAUCAAAGGACUCACACUGGGGAGAAACCCUAUAACUGCCUGCAGUGUGGACAGAGCUUCACUCAUCGUUCAGGCUUACGUAGACAUCAAAGGAUUCACACUGGGGAGAAACCCUAUAAAUGCCUGGAGUGUGGACAGAGCUUUGCUCAGAGUGGAACUUUACAUUCACAUCAAAGGACUCACACUGGGGAGAAACCCUUUAAAUGCCUGGAGUGUGAACAGAGCUUCACUCAUCGUUCAGGCUUACGUAGACAUCAAAGGAUUCACACUGGGGAGAAACCCUAUACAUGCCUGGAGUGUGGACAGAGCUUCACUCAUAGUUCAGGCCUACGUUCCCAUCAAAGGAUUCACACUGGGGAGAAACAAUAUAAAUGCUUGGAGUGUGGACAGAGCUUCACUCAUAGUUCAGGCCUACGUUCACAUCAAAGGACUCACACUGGGGAGAAACAAUAUAAAUGCUUGGAGUGUGGACAGAGCUUCACUCAUAGUUCAGGCCUACGUUCACAUCAAAGGACUCACACUGGGGAGAAACCCUAUAAAUGCCUGGAGUGUGGACAGAGCUUUGCUCAGAGUGGAACUUUACAUUCACAUCAAAGGACUCACACUGGGGAGAAACCCUAUAAAUGCUUGGAGUGUGGACAGAGCUUCACUCAUAGUUCAGGCCUACGUAGACAUCAAAGGACUCACACUGGGGAGAAACCCUAUAAAUGCCUGGAGUGUGGACAGAGCUUUAUUUGUAGUUCAAGUCUAUGUUCCCAUCAAAGGAUUCACACUGGGGAGAAACCGUAGAAAUGCAUGAAAUGUGGACAGAGCUUUUCAUGGAAUAAGGUUAUACAUAGACAUAGAAUUCACCCUGGAGAGAAUGGUGUUAAUUGACUCCAGAGUGUCAUUCUAACAAGUAGAAAAGCAACUAUUGCACAUUUUGGAAAUUCAAGCUCAAAGUUGGGACAUUUCAUCACAUGUGGUGUAUUGUAGAAAGAUUGAACUAAAAUAUGUUCCAUUCUGGAAGUAAACAAGGUUACAUGAAACUAGAGUUUUAUAUGCUGAGAAUGUUGGAUGAUCAAUUAGAAUGAAAGCAUGGGUAGUUACUGCGAGAUACUCAAGUAAGAAUUGACAGGGAUGGAAGGAAUGUUUUAUUCCAAAGCAAAAACAAUGGCAUAUGAAGAUCUGCAAAUUAGCCACAACGAACAAACUGACAACAACAACAUGGGCAAAUGUCAGUUGUAAUAGGUAUCAAUUGGAAGAGUGUUAUCAGAAAUAGAAGUGUUGUUAUAUUAUAUUAUCUAAAGUGAGUAGAAUAAUGAGAGAUAAAAAUUAACAGAUAGAAUGAGGCUUUUAGGCACGUAUCCCUGUCUGUUUGUUAGUUCAGUUGUGUGUCUAUGUAGGUAAUUGUUCUGCUAGUGUGUUUGUUUCUGAUUCCAUCAAAACAACAGGAACCCUUUUGUUUCUUAACACUUGUAUUAUUAUUAUUAUUAUUCUGUUAAUAUGUUUAUAUUAUUAAAUUCUAUUAUUAUAUGAUUA